AUGGCAACAACUACGCCAGUGACAUAUUGGAUGAUCUUAGACGAUUUUUAUACCUUUUUAAUUGACAUCACAACCAUCCCAAGAAGGAAAAUGGCCGAUGUUGAAGAAUUGAUUCAGGACUCCGUAGGGUUUCUCCACAAAACUUUUGACGCACUCCCCACUUCACUUCAUUCUAUUAAAAAUGAACCACUUUCAUCCACACUGUUUGAUGACAGCAUUCUCAAUUUUGAGUGGGAACCGCUCAAGAACUGUAUCUCGAUGGUUCAUGACAGAGAUCUUUUAGUUGACACUGUACUAAAGAAGUUCAUCAUAGAUUCAAUGACGAAUGCUAUCGAAGAUGAUGAAGUAAAUAAUUUUGAAAGAGGGUUGCUGAAUUCGUGCAUAUGCCUCGACUUUGUGUAUAAUGCAAGACGUAACAGAAAAACUCCGUCCACUUGGGGAAACACUUUUUUUGACUUAUUUUCUACAACCAUUGAUCUGCUAAACUCACCAUCUUCGUUUUUGAAAUUUUGGCCCUAUGCUGAAUCGCGUAUCGAAUGGUUUAAAAUGAACACAUCAGUCGAACCAAUUUUGUUUGGAGAAAGCAAUUUGAUUAGUUACAAACAACCGCUAUACGAAAAAUUGCGUCACUGGAAUGAUGUAUUGGCCAAAUUAGAGAAUAACGACAUGCUAAAUACGACUAAGCACUUUAACAUGAAAUUCAAACUCGAAAACUUUUUAUCAGAGCUAUUACCCAUAAACGAAGAAUCAAAUUUCAAUAGAUCAGCCUCUAUUUCUGCUUUACAAUAUUCUGACAGCAAAUGGAACAAAACAAUUUCUGGACGAGAAAGUAGCCAUAAUUCAGACGCUAUUUUUUCUGCCGAUUAUAACUUUGUCUUUGAGAACCUAAUUACUCGUCCGAUUGAAUUUGCUUUCAGCGAUGUAGAAUUUAAAAAUGAUGUUGAUAGGUCUCUGGCCCCCCUUCUUGAUGCAAUUUUAGAGAUUGAGGAAGGCUUUUACGGUAAAAUUAAAAAAAACAAUAAGACCCGAUUUGCCUUAGAGGAAACUUUAAACAACGAGUAUUAUGCCAACUACGAUGUUAUGACACCUACGUUACCUGUAUAUAUGAAGCAAUCAAGUUCAAUGAAGAUGGACAGGAACGAAUUUUGGCUAGAUCUACAAAAUAUCAAAGAAUCAAGAGACUUCCUUCUUCGGCCCACCAUUAUGGAUAUCUCAUUAAGCAAUACAAACAGUCUUUAUAGACAACUGACUCAAGAGGAUGACGACUAUUAUCGCAAGCAAUUCAUCUUGCAAUUGUGUUUUACUGUGAACCUCGUACGAAAUCUGAUCUCGUCAGAAGAAACUAGGCAUUUUUAUAAGAGCUGCUAUUUGAGGGAAAAUCCAAUGAGCCAUAUCAAUUUUGAAAACCUUGACGAAAAUAAUAAAAAGCGUGGUCUCAACCUGUGUUCAUAUAUUUGUGACAACCGUAUUCUGAAAUUCUAUAAGAUCAAAGACCCCGACUUUCAUAGCAUCGUCCAAAAAUUGCUAUCUUCAGAUGAAAAUUUUGUAACAGCCAAAAUUGACGGCUUCAAAGAAUUUCAGAGUUUUAAGAUUUCUAAUGAGAAAAUAUCCUCACCCAACUUUGAUAAAAGUUUCAAAAAGUUUACCUUUGUCAAGAUGGGAAAUAAGUCUAUCAACAGCAUCUGGAAAAUCGCCACUGGUCUAGAUAAAAUUGAACGAGACCUUAAAAAGCCUGAAGGUGUAUACGAAGCGGCCCAUUCAAAAUGGGAGUCCAAAGUUUCCGCUGAGGCUCCUAGUGAAGAAGCAAAAGACGAGAUAAUUAGGCAAUGGCAAACCUUGCGUUUUUUGAGAUCGCAGUACCUAUUUGACUUCAACAAAGUUAAUGAAAAUACUGGUGUUGACGGUUUAUUUGAAAGCUACGAAAAAGCCGAAGUAUUAAAUAAUGAUAUCAAAAAGAAGCUUCUGUGUAAAAUAAACCAAGGUCACAAAAAGAAACUUCAAGAGGCUAAAGAAUAUAGGAUCGGAAAAGAGCAGAAAAAGAGAGCUUUAGAGGAAGGGCCAUUGUGUAGCGAAGAAAAGGAUAUUAAGUUAAAACGUUUAGAUGACAGUUCUCUAGCGGAUGGAGAUGAGUUAAAAAGGAAAACGGCAGCAUCUGGGCAAGAACCGAUAGAAGAAAAUGCUAAAGUCGCAGUUGCAGAUAUCCCUUCUCAAUAUCCCGGUGAGACGACGGAGAAGAAAGUAUUUUCUUCACAUAGCAACAUAGCGCAGUCAGAAAAUGCAGAAAAUAAUUCGAUGUAA